AUGGCUAAUACCUAUUUCUAUCCAGACUAUUAUAAUAUAAGUAAAACUGAAGAAGAUACAUGGUAUUCUGAUGAUAAUAUUUCCGGUGAGAAGGAAUAUUAUUAUAAAAAUUAUAUGAAAAAACAAAAGUUUAUUGGAAAAGUUGAGGAUGAUGAUUGUGAUGGAAUAGAUGAUUUUUUAAAAAUAUGUUCUAUUUUUUUAAAAAAUACUUUUAGUAAUAAAUUUAGUAAGGAUAUUGAUUAUUAUGAUAGUGAUAUUAACAAUGAUAACUCAACAGAAGCAAUAAAUAUACUACAACAUUUAUGUAAUGAUUAUAAAAGUAAUAUUUUAACAGGUGAUAUUUGUAGUGAGUUAUGUAACAUUUUUUCUCUAUCAAAUUCAAUCAAAUAUGAAUUUGGAAAAAAUAAACAUAUAAUAUUUUUAACCUUAAAUACAACAACUCGAAUUUUUAAAACAUCAAAAAAAUAUUUUUAUCAAUAUAAAUCAUUAGAAAAUAAUAUUAAAAAUGAAGAUUUUAUUAGAUUAAUUUUAGAAAUAAUUAAUAAUCAUACAAUGUUAGGAUUUCCAUUAUCUUAUUCAAAUCAUAUUAUAAAUAUGAUUUAUCCACCAUACAAAAAUAGAAGUGAUAAAAUUUUAACAGAUUCUGAAAGGCAAACAAUUUGGAGAUUAAUUCAACAACCAGAAUAUAUAAAUUAUAAAAUUUUAAAAUUAUCACGUGUCUUCCCAACAAUUGUUUCAUCCUGUGGUCAUUUAUAUGAAGUUGAAAAUGUAGUUCCAUUUAAAAUGAAGACAUAUUAUAUGACAUUAAAAAAUAAAAUUCUUAUACAUUUAAUGGGUACAGCAAAAUUAUUUUAUGAAUUUCUUAAUGAACCACUUGAAUGGUGUGAUGUAAAAUUUAAUAAUUUGGGACUUUCACAAAAUUAUGGAAAAAGAUUUUUAAUUUUGGAUGCUGAUAAAUUAUAUACAAAAAGUAAAUUAGAAAAUAUUUUUGGAAAUUUAUCAUGUUCAAGUGACAAUGAUUGUUCUUUGGGUGAUUGUUUAUCAAAAUGUAAUAAUAUAACAAAUACUUGUUAUAAUCAAAGAAUAAAUGAAAAUUUAGAUAUUUUUUGUAAUAAACUUAUUACACCAUUAUAUGGAAGAUAUUUUAAUAAGAAUAAUAAAUUUUUAAUGGCUUGUUUUGGAACUGGUGGAGAUAAAUUAAAACGGCUUAAUGAAUUAAGACUUGCUUGGGCUUGGAAUUUACCUGAUGUUUAA